AUGGCUGAUGAAAAACAGACUGAUGAGUUAUCGCAGGCAGAAUUGUCUUGCGCCACAGAAAACUUAAAAAGUGAAGAACAAAAAGAAAACCUUGAAUCUGCAAAAUCUGAUAAAAAUAAAGUGGAUAUAUUACUGAAAGCAACAGGGGAUGCCCCGAUAAUGAAAAAGAAGAAAUGGGCAGUAGAUGCAGAAAAACCAAUUGGUUGGGUCAUGGAAUUUGUGAAAAAAUAUCUUAAACUUGAACCUGAGGAGAAAUUGUUUAUGUAUGUGAACCAGACGUUUGCACCAUCACCUGAUCAAAUAAUCAGGAAUCUAUACGAGUGUUUUGGUACUGACGGUAAACUGGUACUACAUUACUGCAAGAGCCAAGCUUGGGGCUGA